AUGGGAGACUUCGCUUUGCACAUCUCUACAAGCGAUGAGAGCAGUGUCUCUAUGAUACGAGUCAAGAUGUCCAGGCGACGCUCUCAAACUCACAAGGAGAACAGGGAAAGAAUGCAGAACCUCCGUCGACGCCUGGAUCAGCUCCCUGAGUCUGAGCUCUCCAUGGACUUGUCAACUCUUGAAAAGUCAGUCAUCCCUGCCCAAGAAACUGGACACAAAACAAAAGCAGGCAACAGUGCUGCAGAAGAGAGGAAAAAUAUGCUGGCACGUUUCAAAGAGCAAAAAGCACUGCAAAAAGAGAAGGAGAGGCGGGAGAAGGAGAAGAAAGGGGUGUUUAAGUUUGGCCUCUACCGCCCACAGCCCUUGGGCUACCUGCCCUCCAAUCCUGUUGUACUGACUACAGCUAAGACCGCGGUAUCUGUGCAGUCCACCAGAGUGACUCGGUCCAUGAAACAGCAGCCACAGCUGAAGCAGUUAACUGAGAGACAGGCUGUGCUAAAUAAAGUUGAACUGGCUGUAAAGGCCCCAGCUACUCGAUCAAGCUCUAGAACAGUGGCAGCAGCUGCAACAGCCAAAGCUGUAGUUAAACCUACUGCAGGUGUUAAAACAAGAUCUGCUAGCAGACAACAUUUUGCACCCUCUACAGACAGAGGGAAAACCACGCAAGCAGGAAACAAGGAGACCAUGCCAGCUGUUAAGCAGCCUGCCAAAGAGGAGGUCCCUGCAGUGACUCCCUCCCUUCCUGAGGAGGCCAAGAUGGUGGAAAAAGCCAAAUUGACUGGAACCUCAUUUGCUCCUCAAGGUUUCGUGUUCCCCCCUGUGGGUCUGAGAAUGUUCCAGUCUAGGCCCCUCUCUCCCCAGUCUGCUGAAACCUUCCUCUCACCCAGCUUCUCCUUUGAACCCAAGACUGAGCUCACCGUUGCUACUCCCCUGCCGCCUGCCCCUCCUCCUGCUCCUCCUUCCCCUCCUCCAUCCUGCGUGUCCAGUGCUCCUCCAGCUUCUACCUCACGUGUUGCUUCUGCUCCAUCCCCUGCCUCACCUUCUCCACCCUUUUCCCCUCCGGAGCCUCAGCAUGACGUCUCCUAUUUCAGGGCGGUAAUGGCCAGUGAGACGGAGCGAUUGACUGGGCUGUCUGAGUUAUGGGAGACACGAUUUGAUGAUUCCUCCGUACCUGAAGAGAUGCGGGACCAGAUGCGUACAGCUGUUGGCCAGGCCAGACUGCUGAUGAAGGAGCGUUUUGGCCAGUUCAGGGGCCUGGUGGAUGACUGUGACCUGGGCCGUGGGGAGAAAAUCACCACCUGCUCAGACCUACAGGGCUUCUGGGACAUGGUGUACUUUCAGGUGGAAGAUGUUAAUAAGAAGUUCAAUGCCUUGAAAGAGGCAGAGUCUAGAGGAUGGCAUGAGGAAACCAAGACUGUUACCAAGCAGAAAAAGGUUCUCAAGAAGCCCCCUGUGGCUGGAAGCAAGCCGGGAGCAGGUGGGGGAGCCAGCGCCGCUGCAAAGAGUCGCCUGGCCGCCGUCAAGGCCGCCAUGAAGGCCAGGCAGGCCGCGGUGGAGCAGGCUAGCGGGGCUGCAGGUGUGCUCCAGGGCGAGCUUGCCCCUGAUGCUGCAGCCAACACGGCAGCUGCCCAGACCGUGAUGUUUCAUGGAGGCUUCUUCCAGGUGGAGAGUCCAGCCAAAGUAGUCGGUGCCGUGAGGAGAUCGUCACGGUUGAGCGCAGCCCCCUUGCCCCAGCCUUCCCCCCGUGUGUCAAAGUUUGGCACCCCAGGCAGGCUGCACCGAUCCACGGUCAUCUCACGUGCCUCUCCUCUUCCACACGUGACUAUCGCUACUCCUGCUAAAGUAGCUUCCCCCACCGCAACUCCUGACCGCACUUCUCGAAGCCCUCCUGAGUCCUUUCCCUGUUCCCCCAAGCCACCCCCGAUCAGUCCUACACGCCACGCGCUCGCCCCUGUUGCCUCACCUCGAGUCUCGCACGCUGAACACGACACACCCGAUUCCGACUUUGCGACCGCACCAGCAGACGCUCCAGUGAGCCAGUCUCCAGAGAUCCAGGCGCACAGUUGCCCUCAUCAGCCUGAGGCAACACUACCGCUCCAUCUCCCUGAGCAGCUUUGUACAGUGCCUGAGGAAGCCACUCCCGAGUCUGACGCUCUGACUGAGUCCUCCCAUGAGCAAGCUGAAGAGCCCGUAGUUCCUGAACUAGUGGCAGUUCACCCAGCAACAGAUGCCUCCCCCGUUAGGUCUGGCUCCCCGGGUCUCUCCCGUUCUCCUCCUGUGUCUACAACCUUUCCUCCACAAGUUGAGAGUCUGGAUCGCCAGGCUUCUGCGCCUUCUUCCCCUUGUAUGAUGUCCAGCACACCACAGGUCCUCUCUCCAGCUCCCUCUGACAAUGCUGCCUUGCCUAAUGGUGAACGAUCUCCCAUCAGUGCAAACCUUGACAUGACAGAAAGUCCCCAUGUAGAGUGUGUUGCAGAUUUGGACUUUGAGCGGUACCUGCAGCCAGCGGCCUUUUGCAGCUUGUCUGCAGUCCAGAGCCCAGCAGUAGAGAGGUUUUCACUCGGGGCAGGCGACGUUGAGAUGGAGAGCCCUCUGUCGCAAGCAGAAGAAAGUGGCCAGGAAGUGCAGAUGACACCUACAGCUCUGCCUAGAAUGGCACCACUGGUGUUCACCUCCCGGGACUGAACAGCUGACGGACAACCUGCUGCUGUUCACUCCAGAGCAGAGGAACCGAGUAAGCAGUCGGGGUGUAGAUGGUGACCUAAUGAUGUUCCACGCCACCUUCUAGUAAAUAGCACACGUGGUCAUGUGUACAGGGAUACGUGGAUUAUUUGUGAGGGUUUUCCUUCCUACACCAUUUAGUUUUAAACAGUAGGAUUACUCUUGAACUAUAUUAAGGACUUAUGUACAUCUUCCUGAGUUU